AUGUCUAUUGUCGUCGCAGUGAACGUGCAUCACAGCAGUAUCACCAGUCCCAGAGGCGACCGCCUACCCGAUUUCAGCUUUGCUGGAUAUCAUUCGUCCAACAUUGACCUUCCCAGCAUCAACAGCCCACCAAGUUCAACAAUGUCCCCAACUUCUGGCGAUCAGACAGCACGCAUUCAGGCAGCCCUCGACAGUCUCUCCGAUGCUGGAGGUGGUGCUCUCCUUCUAACAGAAGGAAAGUAUGAGCUCGACUCCAACAUCACGAUUCCCAUAGGCACAGUUCUUCGUGGCUCUGGGCCAAGCCAGACAUUCCUCCUCGCCAAGUCUGCGGCCGUCGACCUUAUAACGUUGGGUGGGCAGGUGGCAACCCCUCGCGUGACUCCUCUCACCAAUAUAACGGAUUCUUAUGUCCCAAUCGGUGCUUCAACGUUCGGUGUCGCCGAUGCCUCGAAGCUGAGUGUCGGACAAAGCGUCAUGGUUCAGAGAGCCGUGACAGAUUCUUGGGUUACAGCGACGGGCAUGGACGACCUAGUGCGAGAUGGCAAGAAACAGACAUGGAUUGCAGCUGGAAAGUUGGUCCGACAGCCUCGGACCAUCAUGGCGAUCGUCGGUAACAGCAUAACCAUCGAUAUACCACUCACAGACACCGUUGACUCGCAGUACAUGCGAGGAGUGGUGGCCACGUACACGCCUCCAAGCGCCUCUUCCGAAUCAGGAAUAGAGAAUUUAGCCAUCACCCUGAAUCCCAGCUGUUCAGGAAGGGUUCUAAGCGAUACUACUUGUACCGCCAACGCCGUAGCAGUAAGAUCAUGGACAACCGACAGCUGGAUUCGCAACUUGAACCUGACUGGUUUCAACUUUUUCGUCACCAUACACAGUAAUGCCGCACGUAUAACGAUCGACAGAGUCUCGAUGAUCCGCGACCAGGACUCGAACGUGGCCUCCGGCCUACCCGAAGACAUCGUCAUUGAAGGCACGCAGGUGCUGGUCAGCAAUUGCUCAUCAUACGGCACGCCGGGAGCCCGCGCUUUUCCCGUCGUCACAGGCUCUUUGGUCCCCGGUCCCAACGCCGUGCUGAACCACUAUACUGAGGUUCCCUCCAACUUCAUCGCUCCGCAUCAACGCUGGGCGCACGGUUUCUUGGUCGAGAACUCGCGAACUUCGCUGAAACUAUAUAAUCGCGGGACCCUGGGGACUGGUCAGGGCUGGACGAUCAAUGCUGGCGUCGCUUGGAAUGUAGUUGGGCAGGAUAUUCUCGUCGAAUCGCCUCCUAUGGGAGUGAACUGGUGUGCUGGAUGCAUUGGGACGAACUCGAUCGGUGGGAACGGUAGUUUUUUCUCGACAGACCGGACGGUCUUACCGGAGAGUUUGUUCUGGACGCAAUUGUCCGCCAGAGGGGUUGGAAGGCCGUUAACGUAG